CGCCCGGGCCCGGCCGGCCGCGCCGGGGGCCGCCGCGCUCGCCCGUGUCCCGCCGCCGGCCAGGGCGCCGCAGACAUGGACACCAAACAUUUCCUGCCGCUCGACUUCUCCACCCAGGUGAACUCCUCGUCCCUCAACUCCCCCACGGGGCGUGGCUCCAUGGCCGCCCCCUCGCUGCACCCCUCUCUGGGGCCCGGCAUGGGCUCCUCUCUCGGCUCCCCAGGACAGCUGCACUCGCCCAUCAGCUCGCUGAGCUCACCCAUCAAUGGCAUGGGCCCACCCUUCUCCGUCAUCAGCUCCCCCAUGGGCCCCCACUCCAUGUCGGUGCCUACCACACCCACCCUGGGCUUUGGCACUGGCAGCCCCCAGCUCAACUCACCCAUGAACCCCGUCAGCAGCAGCGAGGACAUCAAACCCCCACUGGGCCUCAACGGUGUCCUCAAGGUCCCGGCCCACCCCUCAGGGAACAUGGCAUCCUUCACCAAGCACAUCUGUGCCAUCUGCGGGGACCGCUCCUCAGGCAAGCACUACGGGGUGUACAGCUGCGAGGGCUGCAAGGGCUUCUUCAAGCGGACGGUGCGCAAGGACCUGACCUACACCUGCCGAGACAACAAGGACUGCCUGAUCGACAAGCGGCAGCGGAACCGCUGCCAGUACUGCCGCUACCAGAAGUGCCUGGCCAUGGGCAUGAAGCGGGAAGCCGUGCAGGAGGAGCGGCAGCGGGGCAAGGAUCGGAGUGAGAGCGAGGUGGAGUCCACGAGCAGCGCCCACGAGGACAUGCCGGUGGAGAAGAUUCUGGAGGCCGAGCUGGCUGUGGAGCCCAAGACCGAGACGUACGUGGAGGCGAACGUGGGGCUGAACCCCAGCUCGCCCAACGACCCCGUCACCAACAUCUGCCAGGCGGCAGACAAGCAACUCUUCACGCUGGUGGAGUGGGCCAAGCGGAUUCCGCACUUCUCUGAGCUGCCCCUGGACGACCAGGUCAUCCUGCUGCGGGCAGGCUGGAACGAGCUGCUCAUCGCCUCCUUCUCCCACCGGUCCAUAGCCGUGAAGGACGGGAUCCUGCUCACCACCGGGCUGCAUGUCCACCGGAACAGCGCCCACAGCGCAGGGGUGGGCGCCAUCUUUGACAGGGUGCUGACAGAGCUCGUGUCCAAGAUGCGAGACAUGCAGAUGGACAAGACGGAGCUGGGCUGCCUGCGCGCCAUCGUCCUCUUCAACCCCGACUCCAAGGGGCUGUCGAACCCGGCCGAGGUGGAGGCGCUGCGCGAGAAGGUCUACGCGUCCCUGGAGGCUUACUGCAAACACAAGUACCCCGAGCAGCCGGGAAGGUUCGCCAAGCUGCUGCUCCGCCUGCCAGCCCUGCGCUCCAUCGGCCUCAAGUGCCUGGAACAUCUCUUCUUCUUCAAGCUCAUCGGGGACACGCCCAUCGACACCUUCCUCAUGGAGAUGCUGGAAGCCCCACACCAAAUGACUUAGGCCCGCGGGCCCGUCCUUCCUGCCCACCGGUCCGGCCGCCCCGCCUGGCCGCCAGCUGCUCUUGUCAGCCGAGUCCCGUCCCCGCCCCUUCUCUGCCUGGCCUGUGUGGACUCCGGGGCGCAGCCUGUCACUGCUAAGCCUAAGAGAUAUGUUGCCACCCUUGUUAUUUUUAAUACUACUUGUCUUUGGACCUGGGCAGUGGCUUUCCCGGGCGGCAGCCAGAGUGGCCAGGACUGGUGUGAGCCCUGGCCGGGCCCGUCAGGCUCUCUCUGGGGGAGCUCGGGGCGGCUCACCGAGACCCCCGCCCCGGGAGCGGCAGCAGUCGGAGAGGGCGGCUUUGUUUUGGUCACAUUGUUGCUGGUUUUGGAAUCUCCCAGGUGGUCCCCCUCUGUUGGGAGUGCCCCCUCUUCCCUCCUGUCAGUGCUGGUGCCCGGCCAGCUCGCCCCCCCCACCCCCAGGAUCAGGAGGAGGGGACGGGUCGGGGGGCUGGUGUUUCAUUGCAGAAGACCCCUUGUGCCCCCUGGAAGACGAGAGGGGCUCUGGGGCGAGCAGGCUUCCUGCCCUCAGAGUGAGGGGUGAGCAGUCCCUUUUCCAAAGAUGACUUGUGAUUUCGUCCCCAAGCCAAUCAGAACAGGAGCUCGCCUCUGUGCAGGAACUGGGUCACCCCCCCACCCCCCCACCUCCGUUGUCUCUUUGCAUCUUCCAGGUUUCACUUUCUUCCCCUACGUGGUCCCGUCCAACCCAGGGUAACCAGAAGGCAGUGACCCCCUCUCCUUGACCCCACAUCUUCCCUUUUAGUCUGUGAGGAGGGCCAAGGCUAGCCCCUGGUUCCUGGCAGGCUAGCCUGGUCUCCAGCCUUUCUGUGCCAGACAUGGGCUCUGCUGACCUCUCAUGGGUAGAAGUCACCACCCGGGAGGCCCCCAGGGAUGGGGGGGGGAAGAGGGUCGAUUUCCCCAGAGGGUCUUCAAGCAGCCCUGCACAUUGGGAGGGAGGCAGGAGGCCCAGGAGAGGCAUGGAGACCAGAGGGACUUGUGGCCCACAAGCCAGGCGGGGAGGGGGCCGGUGGGGCGCAUCCUGGAGCUCUCCUGGUAGAGGGGCCUCCUUUGCUGGCUGCUAGAAGAAUUGGAGUUGGGGACCGUUGAGUGCCAGCAUCCUUGGGCCCGGGGCUAGACGCCCCUUGGGAGCAGCCAGCCCGUUGUCGUCCUGUCUGGGUGACGCAGCCUCAGGUGGGGCUCCAUCUGACACCGGCUCUGGUGGGAGGCUCGCCGUGCAGCCCAGCCCGUGCCUGUGCGGCAUUUCAACCACCCCAGGCGGGCGCUGCCUCCUGGGCGGGCACUCCGGUUGAACCGGCCCCUCUUGCACUGUAAUGCUCUCCCUGUGGUCUGAGUCCUUUCCAUGUUCACGCCUCACAUCCCAUGAAUGCAACGUUUGUCAGUAGUGGGGCCUGAGCAGGGAUGGCAGGGAUGGGAGGAUGCGGGUAGGGGUCCUGUCUUCUCAGCCCCUGAUGGAUGCUCUGUAACACCGGUUCCCCUCCUGCCAGCCCCCAGCAGCCCAGAAGCUGCCUUCCCCAAGGUCUGUUUCCCCAGACGGUGCAGGGGCGCCCCUGGGCUGGGCAGGGAGAGGCGGGCCUCCAGUCCUCCAUGGAGGAAAGAAAGUGUCCAUUCUUUGCCUUCCAGCGUCCCUGGCCGGCCCCAGCGAGCGCGAGGCACUUGGGCCGAGGCUGUAAAAGACUCCGCAAACACCUUCCUCCUCCGGCUGCCCCGCCCCCAACGCAGUGGCUGAGGAGAGGCGUCCCCUGCCAUGUGGGCACGCCCUCGGCCCCCUUCAGGGCCUGCCCAGCUGUCCCUCCUCCCAGACUCUCCCUGAAAGCCUUGGUGGCCUCUGGGACAUGGUCGUGACAGGCUGAGUGAUGCGGGCACUCCUCUCGGGGUCCCCCCCCCCGGUUGUGGGGACGUUAGACAGCCCCCCACGCAACACCCCUGGUGCCUUCUGCAGCCAGACGCACCCCGCAGUCCGAGCCCAGCCCCUCCUUGCUUCCCUGGCCCCCUCUGGGACAGGUGGCUCCCGUGGAGAAGACCCGGGACGGGGCCAUCUGCUGGGGUCAGCUUCGUCUUGGGAACUUCGCUGUCACCGGUCCUGGCUGGCUGUCCGGAAAGCACUGAGGCCCCCAGGCCACCACCUCCCAAAGCCAGAACCAUCCCCCCAGCCCGUGGGCUCGUGCAGCCACCCAGCGUCUCAGGCCUCGGGCUGUCCUUUCCUCUCCUGUCAGUCCGCUGUCAUCAUUGUCAUGUGAACAGUGCUGUUUGAGGCGGUGACAACGUGUGGGGGAUGGCACAUCACUCAGUAGAGAGGGUGAGUUUUAUUUAACCAGACCUUCAGUAGUAGUUCCAAUCUGGUUCAACUAAGGUGAUUUUUUGUAAUUAUUAUUAUUAUUAUUAUUAUUUUGGUGGGACAAUCUUUAAUUUUCUAAAGAUAGCACUAACAUCAGCUUGUUAGCCACCCUCCCUGCCUCGGCCCGGCCGGACGCUUCCUGGGCACCGGGCCUGCCGGCACCUCCGACGAGUUGCUCGGUGUCACCUCCCUGCUUUGACAUCCAGAUGGGGCUCCCGGGCCAGGGAGCGAAGACGAGCACAUCCCCGGCGGAAGGAGUCAGCAAAGCCAGGCUCAGGCGCGCCCCCCGACAGGGAUCUCCUUGGAAGCUGGCCAGUCCGGGACCUUCACCAAGACGGUCCCCAUGUCAGCCGGCUGGCCCUUGUCACCUGGAAGCACGCAGUGUCGGGGGGAAGAUGGCCCCACACCCUUGGUUUUCCAAGUCCCUUCGUUCCCAGAGGAUCCAGGCUGUCGGCAGGUCCUGGAGACCACGCGGAGCCCCCUCCUCCGUGGGGGGCCCCAGGAGGGCCGGCCGGCCGUGAGCCAGUGGGUAACCAGCUGAUGUUGUCCCCAUCACGGAAUUAGGCGCAUGGCCUGGUCCCUGCCCACGCAGGUGUGUGGUGUAACAUGUCUGUGCUGUACAGAGAGGAACUGUGCGUGGACCCGCACGCCGUUGACAGCACAUGCGUAGCGGUUACCAACGUUCUGUGUUUAUUUUUAAUCAAGACUUUUUUUUUCCUGUUCUGUAAAUUUGCUUCACGUAAGCAAGUACAUAAGGACCCCUCCUUUGGUGAAAUCCGGGUUCGAAUGAAUAUCUCCAGGCAAGGAGAUGCAUCUAUUUUAAGAUGCUUUGGAGCAAACAGCUUUAGCAGUCCGCAAUCCUUAGCAAUGCCUUAGCUGGGACGCGUAGCUCACAUUCAGAGAGGAUGACAAAGACACACAGAGAGUAAAGAUAAGAAAAUGUCUAAAGCAUCGGGAAAGGUAAAAAAAAAAAAUCUAUUUUUGUACAAAUGUAAUUUUAUCCCUCGUGUAUACUUGGAUGAUACGGCGGGGAGGGUGGGGGCUUGUUUUGUUUCUGCUUCUAGAGUCCGGGCGGAAGCUUUCUCAGUGCGACGUGGGGCGUGAAGGCAGCGCAGGGAAGGGGCCGGUGGCGCUUGCGGGCUGGGUGCGGAGCCGCGGCUCGGGGACCCUUCCCUGCGGGGCGGGAGGUGGGCCUGGACCUCCGAGGGUCUUCUUCCCCUUUCGAGCCCUUGUUAAAGCCGCGCUCUGCUCUGUCCCCGUUGCCAGCCGGCCUUCCGGCGACUCCGUUUGACUGUGAAAUGCCUUCCGUGUGUGACGGUUCUCGAAACGCCGCGGCUGCAGGUGCCGGGGUGGUCGGACGGUGGUGUCAGCAUUGUGGGAAAGAGAAAAACAGAGGAGAAACAAGCAAAAUAUGAGCGUUUAAAAAUA